GGACCUAGGAUCUUCAUUCUCUCGAGAGGGGAUACAGCUGUCCGUGACACGGCUCCCGCCACUCCUCCAGCCACCAGGUGUUUGAGCUGGGACAGCGUCACCCUGUCCCACAGCGAACUAGGCCGUCUUAGGCCCUCGUCCUCCUCCUCCUGGAUUGUAGCGUUGGCUGGAGCGGGAGCCGCCAUUUGUGUGGAAGGGAGACGGGGGAGAGUGGGAGGAGGGGAGACGCCGUUUCUGAAAGAGAGAGAG